UUGCUAUUGCAGUUUAAAAAUCCAGAAGGACAAGUUGCGAGGUGGAAUGAACUACUGCAGGAAUACGACUUUGAGAUCGAACAUCGCAGCGGGAAAUCUCAUGGCAACGCAGAUGUAUUGUCAAGAAGACCUUGUCCUGAAGAUUGCAAACAUUGUACUAGGCAAGAGAGUAUGGAAGUGGUAUCCGUGAGGAUGCUCAGGACAGACCACCUCAGCAACGAGUGGAAGGACAACUUACAACGUGCACAGCAGGAAGGUCCGGACAUCAAUUCUGCAAUGGAUGAAGGCCAGUGCUCCCAAGCUCAAGUGGAGCGACGUUUCAGCGAUGAGUUCGACCACUAA